GAUUUUUCGUAAGGUUUUUGCUGUCAUGGUUACUUAUUAUUUAUUAACAAUAACAUAUUUAUGAUUAGGAUUUUCCUUGUAGUGGAAAAAUAUCGUGCUAGGGUUUUUAUUAUGUAAUGACUAAUAAUAUUUAAUUUAUUUGAAGCAAUUGAUAUUUUGAUAAUCUGAAUAAUAUUUUUUUAGAAUCUGUUUAGUCUGGAUUAUUAAUGUUCUACAAUAGUUGAAAAUCGCUUAGCAACAUAUUUCAUGAACUGAAUUCUUUAAGUUUUUUAAAAUAUGAAACCAUUUAGUAUAGAUGAAACAUAUAUUCGAAAUUCAAAUUAUUCACAGUUACAGAGAAAAUGCUUAGAACCAGAUGCAGUUGCAUUUUGUUCUCCUAAUUAUGUUCCAAUGGUUCAAAAGAAAACAUUCAACGAUCCAUUACUACCCAAACACUUAAAUAAAAAUACAAUAUAUGGCGUCAUAACAAAGACUAAUUUGUCUGCCGGUGAUGUGAUUUUUCCGAAAAAGUCCUCCGAUGGAAAUGGUAUUGAAGACAAAACAGAAACAGAAAUAUACAAAAUCUCCCAUCACACGUAUGGAAUUGGUGAACAGUUAAAUCGAAAGUACACAAACAAUUUUAAUCCAGAUUAUCGUUAUGGCAAAUCUUUAAAACGGUUACCAGCAGGUGUAUGGUUUAAAAGUAAUGUUCAAUCUAAAUCGUUAAAUGAAGAUAAAAACACGAUUACUGAUUAUGUUAAUAAAUUAUUAGAAAGCAAAGAGAACACACAAUGUCGUUAUCCGUACAUCGACCACCGACAGGGAAAAUUCAUAGGCAGAUCGUUUUUAAGAGCACAAGACGUUUUAACCAGAAAUGAGCCAGACAAAAAAGACUUUGAGCUAAUCGAUUAUUCAACAGCAGUCAGUAGAUUAAAACAUUAUAUCAAAGAAAAGAAAUGCGAUUUAAGGGAAUUGCAUGAAACGUUCAAACUGUUUGAUAAGGGAUUCACGGGGUGGCUGCCACUGGAACAAGUGUAUAAAAUAUGUUAUCAACAUAAAAUUAAGCCUGAGAAGAAAUUGUUCGAUCUUGCCUUACAUUCUAUUAACGCCAUUAAUAACAACAAAGUCAGCUAUAAUUUAUUUCUGGAUUUACUCGAUCCAAACGUUAAGUUCUCGACGGGUUUUAAGAAAAAUAACCGAACAGAUAUCGACAGAUUCAUUCCAACGUAUAAAAACGAUUAUGGCAAUACAUUGUCUCGUACCAUUCAAUUAAAUAAAGACCGCAACGAUUAUAUGCCUGUUAAACCAAUGGUCUUAGCUUAUCUGGAUUGUUUUGGGUCCGAAACGGACGUAAAAACAUUAUUGAAUCCGACAAUAUUUUCAAACUAUGGAUUGACUUAUAGAGACUUUUACAUAGGACGUAGUAAAGACGUAAUGAAAAAACUGUUCCAAGACUUAGGAGUGAACUUACCAAAUGACAUUUUCAAUAUUAUCUGGGAAAAUGCGUACCAAUGUGAUGGUGUCGACGACAAAGUGAGCGUAGAAGUUUUUAGACAGGCUCUUCAAGAGCUGGCGGAUAGAAUGAUCGACCAACAUGGCGACGAAUAGAUCAAUAGUUAAAUAAUAUUAUUCUGCAGACCACAGAUUAAACAAAAUUAUUCCAGAAAUUUAAAACCUUUAUUUUAAAACAUUAAGCUAUGGGUGGGCAUCAUCUUUAUUUAUCUAGACACUUUGAGAAAACGUCUUAUUUUGUAUAAGUAGGUAAUACAUAACUGCAGUAUUUUGGAAUGUAAAGGGUUAACGAGAAAAUUAACAAGAAAAUGGCAAAUAUGCAAUUUAUGAAUCAUUUAUAAACGUUAUAGGUACGUAAUAGGUAAUAUAUAAUAUACCUACCUAAUAAAAUAUUUUAUAUAUUUAAAAAUUGUAUUGUUGCAUAGUUAAAAAUAUUUAAAUUUCAAUCGAAUGAGCCUAACCAAGCCAUGGUACGUAAACCGUUGAUAUCGUUAAUGUUAUUUAUUUAGUAUCGAUUAUACGAUAAGUGUCGAUAACACGGUUAUCGUUAAUUCGUAAACCACGCAAAUAAUACCUUUGUUUUGUUGUCUAGACAGUGUUUACUUACUUUACCUUUGAUCAAUUACAAAAGGCAAACAUAGUAUAAUAUACUAUUUUUGUCAUCAAACUAUUAAAGUCCAGUGUACAAUAAUUUAGUUUUAUUUAUAACAAACAAUUUGUAUUUAUUUUUUUCCAUCUGUUGUACGUAUUUUACUUAUUUUCCCUCGUGUUCUAUAGAAACUAUAGCAAGGCCCGUGUAUAUAUCACUCACAAUCACACGCCUUUAUCCAUAACUGGACCAACAUAAAUUAUUUUGAAAUUAAAAACUAUUUCAUUGAAAAUCAUCACAAAAUGUUCUUAUUGAAUUCUGAGUAGAGCAAUAAAUGUAUUGGUUUUAGUAUUUUACAAUGAUGUGUAUGUUUUUUUUAUCUUUUAUUAUUUAGUGUCUGUCAUUACCAUUUGGGUCAUUAAUAAUGCUUCGAUUUUCCACUUCAGCAUUUUUUCUGGUAGGAAAGUGAUUCUAGUUGGUACUUUGGGGGUCGAAAAUAAACAGACAUUCGUAGUUUUCAAACGCAUUAAGAAAACACUCCUAAACAAUUAAGGGAAAACAGGGGUUUUUUACACAAAACAAUUUUUGACAAAAUCGAAUUUGUUUUUUUGGUAUAACUUAAAAACUUAUAACUGUAGAUACUUCAAACUUCAACAGAUGUUUAUAUGAAAACUUGCCAUUAAUGUAACGUUUUCAUAAUAUUUUGACUC